AUGAAUGUCGAUAGGUACUUCAUCGUUAUUGACGAUAUAUGGGAUACGGAAAUAUGGGAUAUAAUCAGGUGCACGUUGAUGCAUAAUAACUGUGCUAGUAGGAUAAUCGCAACUACUCGUAUCCUUGAAGUUGCCAGAAUCAUCGGUGAAGUAUAUAAGCUCGAGCCUCUUUCUCAUGAUUUAUCCAAGGAUUUAUUUAAUACAAGAUUAUUUGGUGGUAAGAAGAAAUGCCAUUAUGAUCCCUUGAUAAACACAUACCAUCAAUUUUUACAUAAAUGUGGUGGUGUACCGUUGACUAUAACCACAAUAGCUAGCCUACUUGUUGGCAAACCAAUGGAAUAUUUGUCCAAGGUAUAUCGCUCAAUUGGUUUCAAAUACGAAGAUAACACGAGAACAAUACUUUUAUUGAGCUACUAUGAUCUACCUUGUCAUCUGCGAACAUGUUUAUUAUAUCUAAGCAUAUAUCCAGAAUAUCGUAUUAUUGAGAAAGAUAGUUUGAUAUGGAAGUGGAUUGCCGAGGGUUUUGUUCAUGACCAGGAACCGGGGGUAGGAUUAUAUGCUAUUGGUGAGAGAUACUUUGAUGAGCUGAUAGAUAAAAGUAUGAUACAACCAUGUGAUUUUCCUACAAAUAAGGGCAUGAUAAGUGGUUGUCGUGUCCAUGACAUGGUGCAUGACAUGAUAUGUCUGCUAGCAAAGGAAGAAAAUUUUGUCACUAUAUUGGAUAGUAAUGAGCAGCACAUCAAUUUAGUACAUAGAAGUGUUCGUUGGUUAGCCAUUGGAGACAAAAUCCGCCUGGCUAACAUACCUAUGCCACAAGUAAGGUCAUUAAAUGACUUCAACAAUGAUGUUAUGUUGCCAUCACUUUCAUGCUUUCAAGUUUUGCGUGUCCUAGCUCUAGAAGGUGGUGCUUUCUCUCAGAACAACAAUAUUUGCCUUGAAAAUCUUGGAAAGUUAGUACAUCUGAGGUAUCUUGGACUAGGGAAGAUGGUGGGCAUCCUUGAGCUCCCAAAGGGAAUAGGGGACCUUAAGUUCUUACAGACAUUGGAUUUGGGUUGUGAUAGAUUACGAGAACUACCACGGAGUGUUGGCCUACUAAGACAACUCAAGUGCCUACGCGCUUAUGGUAAGCACAUAAUAAUGCCAGACUGGAUUGGGAGCCUAACAUCUCUACAAGAGCUAUGGGUGAGCCAGGUCCAUGAGUCUUCAAAUUUUAUGAAUGAACUUGGCAAGCUUACAGAGCUGAGGAAGCUCCGCACUGCUGGAACAUUAUGGUUGUUCGGUGCGAGCUCGAUGAAAGCUUGGAAGGAGUCUCUGGUAAAACUGAAGAAAAUCCAAACCAUAGACAUGAUUUUGGUUAUGUCCAUGGGAUAUGAUGAUUCCACUUGUUGUUGGGAAGGCUACAUCCCUCCUCAGCAAUUCUGUCUUUUGUACCUAUGGUAUAACUACGAAAAACCUGGUUGGGGUGGACCUAUUGACUUGGCGCUUCUAGACCCCUCCCAUUUAUCCAUGUUGGUGGAGACCGAGAUCUUUGGAAGGUUUCCAGAGCUUGUUACUCUCCAUUUGAACAUGCCAAGGGGUCACCAAUGUGAGAUCAUGGGAGCUGAAGGUGCAUUGCCCAAAUUGAGGGUUUACAAGAGUGCAACAUCUGAUCAUAUUCCAAAGGAAAGGUUUUCAAGUAUGCCCAGCAUUGAAUCUCUGGAUUUCCACAUUGAAGUGCGUGUCUCCAGUGACAGCAAGGUUGAUUAUUUUGACUUUGGUAGCUUGAGGAACCUUCCUUUGCUCCAGAGUAUACCAAUCGACACAUGGAGCUCACGUCCAUAG